UCUUUCAAUGCAUCGCUUCGAUAACUAUAAAUAAACCUUAUCUACUAUUUCUAUCGUUGGUUUUUAUUCUUAUCAUCUACUUUUGUUUUUCGACUAUAAACAAUGUUGUUGACAUGACUGGUAUCGGUUAUGAAGAUGGAAAAAUGAAUGCGAAGGAAUUACGUAGAAAACGAAUUCAGUUAUUAAAAGAUACAAAUAGAUCGAGAAAAACACAGGAGUUUCCUCCCGCAUAUCCGAAUGGAUGGAUACCUUUGUUAGAAUCUAGAGAUCUACCUGUUGGAAAGUGCAAGCCUGUUACUGCUCUAGGCUUCGUGCUACUUAAUGGUGCCAUGUCAAAACUGACACAGCUGUGCCUUAUAGGACAAAUCAAUUGCAAGAAGAGCCAUUGCGGGUUCGCGCGCCAGGGGUUGCGCUUGUACUAUGAAAAAUUGCNUUUGGGCGCUCACUUAGGAACUGAUGGCAAGGUUCACGAGGAUUGUAUCGAAUGUCCUUUCCACGGAUGGCGAUUUGCUGGACAGGAUGGUUCUUGCGUGAAAAUACCUUACGCAGAAAAAAUUCCAGAAGUGGCUAAUACAAAAAGUUGGGAAACCAUCGAACGAAAUGGAUUUAUUUACGUGUGGCAUCAUGCAGAAGGCCAACCUCCUCUGUGGAAACCUCCAGUUAUACCAGAAAUACAGAAUCGACUUAUGUUCUAUAAAGGUCGUAGUGAACACAUUUUGAAUUGUCAUAUUCAGGAAAUUAUGGAAAAUGCAGCAGAUUUCGCUCAUAUUAAUUGUGUUCACAAAUUUGGUAUUACGUCUAGAAUUACUUUGCAUCCGGAAAAUUGGUGGAAAUAUUUAUACUGUAUAAUUUCUUGCCUUCCAGUAAAAUGUGAAGAAACAUUUUACUGUUGCAAAUACGAAGGAAUUAUCACUAUUAAAUUGUUCGGGAUAUCUGUAAUAUGGACAUCAUAUGAAAUUCAACAGAUUGGACCCGCAAUAAUGCGUGUUCAAUUCAAAAGUAUAUAUGGAAACGGUAUAUUCGUAUAUGGCAUGAUACCAGAAGGACCAGUUCGACUAAGAUUGAUACGACAAUUUUAUACUCCUUCUCGAUUUAUAGGCAUACGUGAUUAUAUUAUGUUUUUUUUUGAAUGUUGUAUGCUUGAACGGGACAUUCGAAUAUGGAAUUACAAAAUGUAUUUGAAGAAUCCAGUUUAUGUAUCAGAAGACAGAACAAUUGCCAAAUAUAGAAAAUGGUACUCUCAGUUUUACAGUGACAACAGCCCCAAGGUUGAAGAAAAUGGUCUUAGUUGGUAAUUAGAAGCAAUGUUAUACUUUAUAGAGCUUCUGACCGAAAUUACAUAUAUAAUUUUUAAAUUUUGGCUUUUUAUUAUCAUAAUUGAUUUUGAAUUUUAAUUCUUGUUAUUGCGUUAAAUAUUGAUGCAUUGCUUUAAAAAUUACUGCUAAAAAGUUAUUUCUUAUGUGAAAUUUCUAUUUCCGCUUUUGUAUUUUAAU